CAACAUCUCUCUACGUGCAUUGCGAUUUUAUGUAAUGAUUAUUCAGUUUCUGUGUUUCUUCUGCAUAUUCUGCCCGCUGUGGCCAUGACACUUUAGAGCUUCGUUGUUAUUUAGCUCACGCCUAGAAGAGGUAACCGAGUUCUCAUCUUACGCUAACCCCUUCAACAUCCGGCAUGAAUUCUCAUCUUACGCUAACCCCUUCAACAUCCGGCAUGAACGAUGAGGAUGUAGAGAAAACUAAGAUUCAGAACUUUCUAGAAGCUUCCAUUCAGCGUUGUGUUUCAAGAAUUUCAAAGUCGUACGAGCAAGCAGUAAGGUCUUUCCUUUCCCUUCUAUUUUGGUACCCUCAUGAGUUUCGUGACACCCUUAAGGAAGGAUGUCACGAAACUCCAGAGGGCGCCAAAAUAGGAGAAAUGGAUCUCACCAUAUAUCCUGUCAAGUCCACUAUCCUCACCUUCAUCGAAGUCUUAAUUACUUGUCUCAUCAUUUUUGGCACAUGCUUGCGACAUCUAUUGGAGGAGCUUGGGCCAUCAACCAUGCAAUAGAACCCAGAGCUAACUGGUUCUCCCUGAAAUGCGUCGAGGCGCAGCAGUUGACUGGACGGACUUCUACUUAGUUUCACCCGAGCUUCAUUCUGGCGGAGACAAUUGAAUGUUCGAGCCUUAACCUUUGGCCAGACAAGCACUGAUAUUUGAAGAUUUGGGUGUGAUUCUUGCGAAAGCAAUCUUGGUUCCUUUCGCUAUUCUUUGGGUCCCAGUUUCCAGAGGUUCACCACUGCUGCGUGCAGCUGGAUCUUUUCCUGAGCAUGCCUUAAAGUAUCUCCCUUGGCGCGGCAUCCUCGCUCAGACAUAGCUCACAGCAUUGCCUUCAUAAUCAGCUGGCCUGCUACUAGUCACACAUCGACGGUGAGUGAAAGCAAUACCCAGAGACUAGCCAUCCGGAAAAGUCGCCAGUCUUCUUUGCUUCUUAUUUUCUGCGGGUAUGAGGCUAGUGAAUUAGAAAUACAGCUUGGUGCAUGCGUUCUGAAAAUCUACAAUAAAUGUCGAGCAAGCAGGAGGGUGUGUCCGAGCCUUAUUGGAAUUGAUAUACACGGGCCUGGCCGAUUUAUCUUCACUUUUUUUGGAACAGCUUACUUGUAACGAGUUGCUAUCGUAUAUGCAGCUGCGCAGGUGGCCAACUGGAAACAAACGAUUUGCUCCAUUUCCUGCGUUUGUAGCGUUUGUGGCUGGAGUCAAAGUACUGCUAUUGUCCCUGAGAAAUCGAAAAUAAUAAUAAUAAUAAUCUGUUCUUCAUUGUCCACCACCUAUACCUUGUGUUUCUCGUACUCUUCGCCUUACACGGUGUUACACAGAUGCACUUUGGGGUGAUUCCAGCUCUCUUCUUUUGGCCCUGGAUCGAUUCAUGCGCAUGUUGCAAUAUCGGAAGUCAGUCGAUGUGUUGUCGAUGAGAAUACUAUCGGCCAAUAUUUUGAGACUGAUGUUUGCUAAGUCCGACUCUGAGUUUCCAACCCUAUCUUUACUUCUGG